GAAGGCGGUUGUUGUCCAUGUGAAAGAGCUUAGAUAUACUCUUCCUUUCUGUUAUUUGUCGCGUUUAAGGAGCACCGUUAAAGGACUUACGUAAAAAAAUGAAAACAAGCUUAUCAUCACGGUUUAACGGGUAGAGUGCUGGCGAAGAGAUUGUUUUGCCAGGUUAUAGCUAAGUUUAACUGCCUACACUCGCAAUCUUGCUAACUAGAGAUUCAGCAUUAACUAACUGACUUUAUUGGGUGGCUGUAUAAAAUAUAUAGGCUGUUAAUGUCGCUAACAUUAGUUAAAACCAAUAAGUUAGUUAACUGACAAGCUAAAUAAUGCAAAGGACACCCAGAGAGCUAUUGCCAUUAGCUUCGUCUCGCUAACUAGCUAGUAAAAGUGAAAUUGAAUCGUAUCUGCAGGCCACUUAACUGAGCUGUGUUAAAUAUAUUUAGGAAUAUAACGUCCGCUUGAAUAGCUAGCGAGCUACAUGUCGAUAUCACUUAGCCUACCUGCUGAGGCGAUUAGUUGGCUACUUGCAUGAGUACGUUGGGUUUUUAAGUUUGCAAUGGAGUCGAGUUCAUCAGCGCGAUCAGAACACCCACCACAAAAGGCAGUUGACCUCGUUUGCCCUCGUGUAAAGUCGGGACCAACAAGAAAAAAUGUCAAUAACGUUAUGUCCAUUAUCUCAAGACGAAAUGGCGUUUUCUCUCAAGAUGCUGGAACGUUGCUCAGAAGAAAUAUGAAAAUUCUUCGACAAAUUGUUCUUCAGGACACCACAAAUUUCACGAAGGUCUGGACAAGGCAUUCAAAGUCCCCAAUCGCAUACGAGACUGGAAGAAUUUACUUCGAAAACUACCGAACUUGCUACAGUAGUAUUCCUUCUAUGCCGCAAUUCCUCUAUGAAUUACCGAAAUGCACCAAAGCAGAGAAGUUGGAAGAUGCGUUAUUGUUUCAAUGUCCGCUAAGUGAAUCACUGCCUAAACCUUCUGACCAAAACCCCUGUCUGCUUGCACUGGCUGCCAAUAACUGGCUAUAUCGCUUCUCAAUAAAGAGUGGAGAACAAAUGCAGAAAGUCUUUCUCUCUCCACAUCAUAAAUUCAGGUAUCUUGGAUGGGAUGUCUCUCAGGAAACAUUUUACAUCAAAUCUAUCCAGAAUAAACAGACACCCCUGGCAAGACAGGCAGGUGUUGAUCAGAGCACUCUUCUAUACCUGGCAGUGUUUAAGGUUGUACCAAUGGAGCUUGUGGGUGUUCUGGAAAUCAGCAGAAGGGUGUUUGGGAGCACUGUUGUGGAUGUGAUUCUGUCUCAAGGGGUCCUGGCAGUUUCUCACAGUUCUAAGGUGAAGCUGUACAGUUUUGAAAACAUUGUACAAAAGUACAGGACAAAGAUGCUGGUGCUUGGAGAGCGGUGUGAAUGGAAUGGAGUUUGGGCAACCGUAGGGGAACCUCCAUUUGGCAUUCCAGUUAACAUCUCCAUCAGUGAUGACAUUCCUGUGUUGUUCGAGGUGUCAUGUUUCAAUAAUGGGAUACAGAUCGGUGGCUACCCAUGGCACUACAUCUUCACACCCAACAACAAACGGCACCAAGGAACCCAUCACAUUUGCUCCCUGCAGGAUGGUUCCCUGGCUAAAAAUGGAAUACAAGAUAUGAAUUGCUACUCACUGGAAUCGGAUUGGAUCUACUUCCACCCUGAUGAUUCUGGUAGAAUUAUUCAUGCUGGGCCAAGCAAAAUACAUGUGCUGAAGAUACUACAUACACAGGAGCGCUGCACACAAUCAGAGGUUGUUCCAGAAUUUUCUAUCACAGUUCACCGAGUCAACAAUACUGCAUCCAAGGACAUUGUCACAUCAUCUGGCCGAGUCGUGAAGCGGAGGUGUCAUCAACUGGAUGACGACCCAGAGCAAGAGACUUUCAGGAUGGUGGAAUAUGAAGAUGAGCUUGACCUCCUUGCAGUUGUGGAAGUGAUCAGUGCAGAAGAGGAAGGGAAGGCCCAUGUUUGUCUCCAUGACAACCAGACUGGGAUGUUCAAGAAGAAAGUCCCUCUGGUGGAAUCCUGGGAUGUAACAUACAGUCAUGAGUUGUUCUUGGACCGGGACACAAUUGUUCACAUUGAACAGAAGAAGAGUAACCAGUUCUACUGUCAUGUUUACAAAAUCACCUGCAGACAAUCAGACUGAAAGCAGGUGUGGAGUGCACACAAUUUGACUUAAACCUCGGUUUGCUGGUGGUCAUUUUAAUUAAUGGUAAAAUGGUAAAUGGCUGGCAUUUAUAUAGCACCUUUAUCGAAAGCGCUGUACAGUUGAUGCUUCUCAUUCACCCAUUCAUACACACACACACACCAAUGCAAGGCACCAGCCAGCUCGUCAGGAGCAUUUUGGGGUUAGGUGUCUUGCUCAGGGACACUUCGACACAUCCAGGGCGGAAUUGAACCGGCAACCCUCCGAAUGCCAGACAACUUCUCUUACCGCCUGAGCCAUUUUAGGUAACAUCUUGGUUACCUAAAAUACUGUAUACCUGAACCACAUAAAAGAACAUUGCUCAUUUAAUUGAAUACUUGUUUGUGAUUUAGUACAUUAUAUUUCUACUCCUUAAAACUUUACUGUAUGUUUGUUUAAUGAGAGUUGCUUAAACUUCCCGUAAGGAUAGCUAGUUGAUCUCUUCAUAAAAUUACUUGUUUGUAUUAAACUAAAUAAAAAAAUUUCUGCAAA